GUGCCUACGCGAAGAAGAGCGAAGAGCACGGUGGUGUCAUCGCGAUGAUGGACCUGCUGAUCGCGGACCUGGACAAGGAGAUGACCAUGAUGGCCACGGAGGAGAAGGAGGCCCAGAAGGAGUACGAGGAGUUCAUUGCAGAUGCCGGGGAGAAGCGCGCAGCGGACUCGAAGUCGGCCGAGCAGAAGAGCGGCGAGAAGGCCGAGUUGGAGGCCGCCUUGAUCAAGCUGCAGCAGGACGCGAAGGACACCACCAAGGAGGCGUACCUGAAGGAUGUCGAGAUCAAGGAUCUUCACACGGAGUGCGACUGGCUCAUCUCCAACUUCGAGGUGCGCAAGGAAGCGCGUGCUGGCGAGGUUGACUCGCUCAAGAAGGCG